GUGUUUAUUUAUAAGUAACACUUGUUAUACUGGUGGUGUUUUGUUAUCACGUAAGAAUUAGAAAUGAUUCUACCAAAAGGAGACUGUCAAAUUGGAGCUCUUCUCGAUAGCUCUCGAAAUGGCUGUAAUUUGGAAACAUCAUUUGAACGUGCUGAUUGUUCUUACAAAAAUAAUUCAGAAAAGUUUUAUCUGAAAGAACGAAGCUUCAGUCGACAGUAUGCACCAUUUUAUGCACACCGUCUAAAAUCGAUGACCAAAAACGUAAAACAAAGAGCUCGAAAAAAAUGGGGCACCGACAUCCCAAUACAGAAGCUGUGUGAUUUAAAAGGAAAUGGAAAAGUUUGCAUCAUUGGAACACUUUUCAAGCACAUGGAGUUACAACCCAGUAUUUUACGAGAAAUAAGCGAAGAGCAUAACUUAAUGCCCCAGCCACUGAGGAUAAGAUAUACAGAUGACAGUGAUGAAAUUAUCUUGGAAGAUGAUUUGCAACGGGUAGUACUGAAUGGAAAUAUUAAUGUUCACUCUCUUGUAACAGGUAUCAUUGCUGCUGUUCUUGGAGAAGAAGAAGAAGGUGGGAAGUUCAGAGUAGAAGAUUUAUGUUUUUCAUCUAUGCCAGAACAGAUUCAACGUCCUUUAUUAGAAGAAAACAAAUUUGUUCUCUUAGUUUCUGGCCUUGGACUGACCCAAAAUGCAGAAGUUCCUUUUCCACUUCAGUUAAUGGUUGACUUCAUCAUUGGAUCUUUGGGUGAGGAGUCGGAGCAGAUGUUGGCAUCUGAAGUUAGUCGGAUCAUCAUAGCAGGAAAUUCUUUAAAUGAAAGUACAAAGACGAAAGGGUAUUAUUCAAAGGCAAAGUAUUUGACAAGAAAUACAAAGGCAGCCUCCAUAGAGGCAGUGAAAAUGCUCGACAAUGUACUGCUUGAAUUAGCUGGUUCAGUAAAUGUAGACAUUAUGCCUGGGGAAAUGGAUCCAUCGAAUCACCUUUUGCCCCAACAACCACUACAUCAUUGUCUCUUUCCUAAAUCUGGAAGCUUAUCGACAGUACACAGUGUGACGAAUCCUUAUUAUUCCAUUAUUCAAGGUGUACGAAUCUUUGGGACAUCAGGUCAAAACAUUCAUGAUAUUCAGAAAUACAGUCAUUUAGAUGAUCCAAUGGAAAUACUAGAGAAAACGCUAGACUGGGGACAUGUUGCACCUACGUGUCCCGAUACUCUGA